AUAAAUCAUAAUAUUAAAUUUGAAAGAAAGUUGUCAUUUUGUAAUGACAUGGUGCUACAAUGGAGGAUAUUGACAGUCUAAGGCAGUCUAUUGAAGUUUAUAAAGAACAGUUGAACAAAGUAAAUCAAACAAUAGCAGCUACAUCCUCUGGUCCUGAGAAGAAUGAGUUGAUUGGUUUGAGGGACAACAUCGAAGAACUUUUGAAUCUGACACAGGAGAGUUUGCACAGUUUAGUGGACAAUGAUAAGUCUAAAAAUGAAGAAUCAAGUGCUAUUGUAGCUGCUGCUGAUGAUGAAGAUCCAUUCGCCAAGGAAUAUGCCCUUUUUAAAGCAGAGUUGGGAGAUAUUGAUGACAAAAAUGAAUGUAAAAAUGAUGAAAAUGAAAAGGAAGAAAACCUAUCUGGUGAAGAAGAAACUCCAUCAAUCUUCGAAGAUUUGGAGAAAAUCAUUGGAAUGAAAUGCCAAGCACCAUACACUAGCAAGUCUGGUUCAACUGGAUACCACAAUGCAUUAGUUUCUGGUAUAGAAACAAAUGAUUCCAUUAGCGAUCUUGACCAUAUAAAGGUCCGAGUACUGUUCACAUAUCCAACGGAAAGAGAUAUGGUUACUUGUCCUUAUUUUCUUGAUGAUAGAUGUAACUUUGGCGAAGAAAAAUGUAAUUUUUCCCAUGGUUAUUUUGUACCUUUUGGAGAAUUGAGGGAGUAUAGAGAGCCAGAUUUUACCAAUUUAAAGAGGGGAAGCAGAGUCCUAGCGAAAAUCGGUGAUAAUAAAGUAUGGAAAUCAACCGUUAUCGAAGAAAUUUCGUCCGAUGAACAAGUCCUCGUGAAGCAUGAGGGAAAUUUCGCAGCAGUACCCAUCCAUGACAUCUUUCCUCUCACUAAUGAUGAUGGUGACAGUAGUGAUCUUACUACCGAUGAUGAAAUGGACGAAGAUUUGUUAAGAAAGAACUUCAACAGCCGUCAAGAAGAAAUGGUAGAGCUGAGCUUAAGUAGGCAACCCCAGACUCAGAGGAUGGGUGACUGGGAGAAGUUUACCAAGGGUAUCGGGUCUAAGUUAAUGGCAAAGAUGGGUUACGUUGUCGGUUGUGGCCUCGGUAAGAAUGGAGAAGGAAGAUUGGAUCCAGUAGAGGCCCUCGUGUUGCCAGCUGGAAAAUCGUUAGAUCAUUGUAUGAAUUUGAAAGAAGCUGCCGGUGGUUCGAAAGAUCUAUUCUCAGCUGAAAAAGUCCAAAAGAAGUUAGCACUAAGGGAAAUAAGGAGGACCCAAAAGGCUUACAGAAGGCAGAAACACAGAGAAAAACAUAACGUCUUCAAUUUUAUCAACCGAGAACUAAAUGCAGCUGCAGAACCAGGCACAUCCUCCAAGACGAAGUCAAACCAAUCCAUAACAAACAAAAUAUCUAAAACAAGUUGUCGUGAGCUGAACGUAGAGAGGUUUAAGAUCGCUGAGGACAUACGGGAGUCCGAGAAGAGGAUAUACAUUCUAAGUGAAUCCUUGACGAGGCAGAAGCCAGAUUCAGUUCCCUAUAAUAACAUCAUGUCUAAGCUCCAGAAUGAGAGGGGAAAGCUGCACUCUUUGAAGAGUUUUGACGGGAAAGUCGAACGGGAACAGACUCUACGAGAGACCAAGAGAAAAAUGACCAUUUUUUAAUUGUGAUUUUACCAAAUAUUGUGUAUAAAUCUCAUCUUAUUUUAAAAAAAUAAUAUCAGAGAAUUUUUUUAUGUUGCAUGACAUAAAUUUUCAUUGAAAAAUAUAGUAGUAGCUAUUAUCUUAAUUUAUGUAAAUGAAAAAAAAAAUUGAAUAAUAUCUCUAUGUAAUUUUCUAAUAAAAUUUUAUUUUAAGUUGUCUGUAAUUGUCAUUCAAUUAUUUAUAUACUUAACAGUUAAUUUAAGUUUAUUUCCAAGUACUUAAACAUUUUUAAGUAACAAAUCAUUUACAAAUUAGGUCAAUGAUUCGAAUAAAUUAAAUGCAAUGGGUUUUGUAUUUAUUCAUUUAUUUAUUUUUGUAAGUUCAAAUAAAAGAAAAGAAUGUUCAAUAAGUUGAAAGAAACUAAAUGUAACUGUUUAUGCACAUGAGCUUGCUACUGAUAAUUUUCAUUAUUUGUGAUAAUAUUUGUAUAUUUUGUGUACUUACUCUAUAGACAUACAGACAUUGUCUAUUAUUUUUUUUUUUCAAUUAAUAAAUUAUUGAAUUAUUUGUAAAUUUAAUAAUCUUAUUCAGUACUGAUGUAUUAAUUUUAGGACAAUAAAACAAAUAUUUUUUUUUAAUUUAUUUUUUUAUUUAAGGAUAACAUACACCAUCCUCGCAUGCAACAUAGUUUGAGAUAUAUCUCAUAUGAUUUAAUAAUUAAGCAUUCAUUGAUGUAAAUUUUUCUAAUGCAAAUUGAAAUAU